AACUUGACGUCCGCGAGAUAAGACCGCGUCAGUGCCAGUCUCCGAAUUCGGCGCGAUUAUCAGAGAAAUCCAGAAUCGGUAACAAAAACGCGUUUCGAGUUUAAAUAUCAACGAGAUGAAAUCGAGUAUCAGUAUCGUGUCGCAUGGCGAUCAUGUACAAGAGAACUGACAGAAGAACUGAGAACCCGGUGUAACAUGACAGUGAACCAAAAACCUUGAUCUGGUUAUGUGCAUGGACAAUAAAACAGUGCAGUGACCCUUUCCUUUAAGUAUUGUCGCAUAUUCCUUGUGAUAAAGUUAAGCUUCGCGAGACGAAAGUCUCAAUCACGGCAGCAAAAUUGAGCUGGAUUUGCACCAUCAACGGGCCACCGCCGGCCACUUUAUGAGGCCCGGCGGUAACAUGUGCGACGGCUCCUUCACGGAGACCCUGCGUAGUAUGCAGGGCAUAACGGGAGCAUCGCCACCGGGUAGCGCCGGUGUCGGUCCCAUGGGGGUCGGUCUCAACAGCCCACUAGGCCCGGGUGGCAAGAAGGUGCCGGUGGAACACAUCAAACGUCCCAUGAACGCCUUCAUGGUCUGGUCGCGGCUACAGCGACGAAAGAUUGCUCAAGAAAAUCCCAAGAUGCACAACAGCGAAAUCUCUAAACGACUUGGUGCGGAAUGGAAGCUCCUCACGGAGGAUGAAAAACGCCCGUUCAUCGACCAGGCCAAAAGGUUACGCGCCCAACACAUGAAGGAGCACCCCGACUACAAAUACAGACCGCGAAGGAAACCCAAGACCCUGCGGAAAGAAGGCUAUCCUUACAGUAUUCCGUAUCCAAGUGUUCCCAUGGACGCUCUUCGAGCCGGGAUGGCUGGUAGCAUGGGUCAAGCCGGGAUGGGCAGCUAUUACGGCCCUGCGGCCGCUUACGGGUCUCUUUCCGCGGCCAGUAUGGCUGCAGCUGCGGCAGCGGCAGCACAACAAUCAGCAGCCAUGUCUGGUCUCGCGGCACCUGCUCAGGUCGUAAGUUCUAUGGAUGCUAUGAAAUAUUCAAUGGAAGCAGACAAGUAUCGCGCCUAUAUGCCACCUAGCACUCUCGCGAUGAGCAUGUAUCCAGAUCCCAAAUAUCUGGAUUCAUCUAAUCCCAAAACUUAUUUGGAUCGCACCUACUUGGAUUCUGCGAAAGCAUACUUCGAGCAAUCCAAACUCUACAUGGAUCAGAAGCCGACCAUCGCAGAUUACAAUCGAUCCAGUUACGAACCCAACAAGCUCUACGAGGAAUCCAGCCCGGGCAGCGUAGUCGGCAUCCCGGCAAGAUCACCGGCCCCGGAUUCCCCAGACACGAGCAAGCAACACGAGAGAACGGAGCAGGGCUCGUCUAGCGCGAGCUCGACAUCAACAUCAUCGGCCGCAAGUCCUGGAGCAACCUUAUCCACUUACUAUCCCGGACCUGUUCAAGCUGGCGGUCUACUAGGCCCACAAAUGGGCCAAUACGGCGGAUAUCAGACGGCACCGACACCGGGAAACGAGUCUUUUCGCCGGCCAUUGACAGUCAUCUUCUGACCCGACAGAGCGUAGCUCUGAUCAAUUCUCGACGAGCAGCUGCUAUAAUUCCUGACUCGCGAUCGCUAACGCAUUUCGCGAAUUUAAGGCUGGGAUAAGCAAUCGCGGUUUCGCCGAUUGAAAAAAAAAAAACAUCAUCUUCUGAAAUCAAGAUUUUGUGGAAAUCAAGAUCUUCAAGAAGAAAAGCUGCCACAGUUCUGGUCACCCUGCCGUUUAACGCAGAUUUUAUGGAACGAAAGUGAUGAACGUUAUGUGCUAGAGUUAGAGAUUUAUUAAACUUUACUGUCUUCUCUUGAAAUAAGCUAUUUCUUUUGCUGAAUGGAUUUUCGACGUCACCAUUCCCUCAUCAUAAUGGCUAUCACGGAUUUUAACAGACUAUCGACGAUGAAAUCUUCUUCUGAAGAGUACUCUCAAUUUUAGAAAAAUUCUCUAAUAAUCUUUAAAAGAUUCUAGCAAUAUUAAAGCGUGGUAUAGAUAAAUGCAGAUAAGGAAAAUUAAAUAAAAGCUGGAGAAGAGAGAAAGAGUUGAGGAAGAAGAAAAUCUUCAGAAAAUGUUGUUAAUUCAACAAUUUGGCAUCCACCGUUUAAGGUGUGAUCUGAAGAAAUUUUAUCAAGCAACCAGGAAGAAUUACACCAUUUUUCGGUUGGAUAUAUAAUCGCGUCGCUUUAGUAGCGAAGUUAAAAUAGACCAACUGAAGCAGACCCCAAGAAGCAAAGGACGGAUUAACGACUAUGGACGUCGUUAUGAAUGACAACGAAGACCGAGAGGGUUCUCGCUGUGUCGUCAACUGACUAGUCUUACGAGACAAAUGAUUAAGAUCUGUAAGAAGACGUUUGUACAUAGUCCCUGUGUAAAUAGUGUAGCAAAAACACGGCUUUUCCGGAUAUCCGCACGCGAAUCCGCUUUCUUACGGUCUCCAUUCUCGCGUAUGAAGCGCGAUCGUCGACGAAGAAAGCAGUACAAACGAAAUCAUGUGUACGCAAUUAUGGUGUCUCCGAAACCUAUCCCGAGUGGCUCGAUUUCGUUGGAACAAUGUAAGCAUCUCUUUAUUUUCUCUGUUUUCGACUCCCACAACUGGUGGUAAAGGUAUACGAAAUGUUUAAUUUGUAAUAACCAGCUGAGAGUUGCACAGUUUUAAUUAAAAAUAAUGUAAAUCACGUGAUAUAUACAUUAGUUUAAAAAGUGUCGGCUUUCAUAUCAUUUUCUUAGAAUCUUAGAAUACUUUUAUGUAACUUGAAAAUUUCGAUAAAACUUAAAAAAUUUUAUCAAAAAAUUCCAUUUAACUUUUUCUUAUAAAUUCGCUUUACUUUAAUCUGAGAAAAAUUUUCGUAAAAAGGUAUAAUAAAAAUUGCGCCAUAAACGUAGCGCCAUAAAAUUGCGUUCAUAAACGUUUAUUUAAAGUUUGCGAUUAUGCGUAUCGGAGUAACAUAGAUAGGUGAUGGAUAUGCAAGAAAUUAUGAUAUCGCAUGGUACCAGUACGUUAUACAUUUUUUUUUAAUAAAAAAUGUGACAGAUUGUCAUUUAAUAUAA